CUUCACCCCAUACUGAUGGAAUGCUUAAUGCUGGUGAUUCUGACCCUUCAGCUUCUCCCGCAGAGCCAGUUACUCAGUGUCACCAACUCAGAAGGGAAAAUGCUUAAAACACAACCUGUCCUUCUUUCAGAGAUGAAGGCCGCCACACCUCUGAGACGAAAGAAAGACAAACGAAAAGGAAGCAUUGCUAAACCUGGAUACCAGAUUCAAGUGAAUGGAGUUUUAUAUGAUGUUUCUGAUACUGAUCCACGGACGCCGCUGGCUCCAUUCUUGCGCUUCAUGCUAUUUCUUCCUGGAACAAAAGCCAUGUGUUUUGAAAGUGCCUGUGGAUGCUGUGCUGUGCUACUUGAAUAUGAUGACCCAAUAAAUCCAGGAAAGAAGAUUGUCAAAUCAGUAAAUUCAUGUUUAUAUCCAGUUGGGGCUCUCCUGUCAUUGAAGAACCAUCAAGUUAUAACAAUCGAGGCAGUGUCGUCCUUUAAGGAGAGUUUACACACCGUACAAAAGCGACUGGCUGAUUAUCAUGGAAGUCAGUGUGGAUUCUGCAGCCCAGGUUUUGUCAUCCAGAUGCUUGCACUUCUGAAGAACAAUCAAACUCCCAGUGUUCAAGAAGUGGAGGAUGUCUUUGAUGGCAAUGUCUGCAGAUGUACAGGUUAUCGGCCUAUUUUAGAUGCGAUGAAGAGUUUUGCAAAAGAUUCAGAUCCAAGUCUGCAAGGAUCCCUCAUUGAUAUCGAGGAUUUGAAGAUAUGUCCAAUGACAAAUCAGCCUUGUGAUCAAAAGUUUACCACUGGCCCAGUAGAGGGCGGCAACACCUUGCUAUAUGCAAAAUUUGGAAUGAAAUGGUACCAACCCAGAACCCUGGAACAGCUGUAUGAUAUACUGGAGGAGAAUCCUAAAGAACUUGCCAAGCUUAUCAAUGGAGACACUUCUAAAGGUGUCUACAAGGGAGUAUAUUUUGAUGUCAAUAUUGAUGUGAAAGGAAUCCCUGAGCUUUACGAGGUCACUAUGGGACCUGAUGGCUUAAAGGUGUUUUCCAACGUUACCCUGACUUCACUCAUUGACUACCUGAAACUGUAUUCUGACCAAUCACCAUCUUACAACGCUUUAGCUGAACACUUGCUCAAGAUUGCAAAUAAAUCUGUGCAAAAUAUUGCCGGUUGGGCUGGAAAUUUGAUGUUGAAGUGGUACCACAGAGAGUUUAUUUCUGAUGUAUUUGUGAUCUUUGAAGCUGUUGGUGCAAAGUUGACUAUAGGCAAUAGAAAUGGAAGGGAAACAUACACACCAUUGGAGUUCCUAAGUGUCAAAAUGGAAGGAAAGGUCAUUCUGUGCGUGGAAAUUCCAAAGCUGAAAGAGAAUGAAGCGAUGAACUGCUAUAAAGUUAUGCCCCAAACACAGAAUUCCCAACCUUACGUGAGUGCCGGGUUUUGGGUACAGUUCAAAACUUCAUCUGGUUCUAAGUUGGUGAAAUCUUUCUCAAUGGUAUACACUGGAAUCAGUGACAACUUCAUGCAUGCUUCUAAAACAGAAGAAUUCCUCAAAGGCAGAGAUAUUACUUGCAAUGAGACUUUGCAAGGUGCCUUGGCAACACUUGAUAAGGAGGUAAUUCCUGAUGAUGUUAGUCCAUUGUUUGCAAAACCAGAAUACAGGAAAUCACUAGCACUUGGGCUUUUCUAUAAGUUUUUCCUGUCUCUACUGGAUGAAAGUCAAGUUUCACCUCGCAAUCAGAGUGCAAUAUGUCCUUUGAAACGCCCUGUAUCCACAGGAAAACAAAUAUUCAGCAGCAGAGAAGCAAUCUAUCCUUUGACACAGCCUAUUCCAAAAUUAAAUUCCUACAAGCAGGCUUGUGGUGAAAUAGAGUACAUCAAUGACAUAUACCCUCUUUCUAAGGAGUUAUUUUCAGUAUUUUGUCUGAGCAAAGUGGGAAAUGCAACUAUAGAUAACAUUGACAUUACAAGAGCUGAGAAUUGGAAUGGUGCUGUCAAGGUAUUCUUAGCAAAGGACAUACCUGGAGCCAAUACAUUUAUGCCUCCACCCUUUCAAGUUGAAGAAAUUUUGAGCAGUGGUCGUGUUCUGUAUGCUGGGCAGCCAAUUGCAUUAUGCGUGGGAGUUUCACAGCAUUACGCUCUGGAGAUGGUAGAUGUUAUAGAUGUCACCUACAAAGAUCAAGAACCACCAAUAGUGACCCUUGAUGACGCUAUUGAGAAAAAUUCAUUUUAUCCAUUACCGGGAAAGGGAUUAAUUGUUGGAGACCCUGCAGAUGCUAUUUCAAAGUCUCCUCACCAUAUUGAAGGGGAAGUUAGAGCAGGUGAACAGUACCAUUUCCACAUGGAAACUCAGGUUUGUCGGUGCACGCCUACUGAAGAUGGUUUGGAUGUUCAGGCAGCUAGCCAGUGGUUGGACUUGGCACAACAAGCCGUUGCCGGUGCAUGUGGAUUACCUGUCAAGGAUGUUAACAUCACAGCGAAGCGUUUGGGUGGAGCUUAUGGAGCUAAAGUUACACGAGCAAACUUAGUGGCUUGUGGUUCAGCAUUGGCAGCACAUUUACUGAAAAGACCUGUUCAGUGCAUGAUGGAUCUGGCCACUAACAUGAAAGCAGUUGGCAAACGCCAUGGCUAUAUUUUCAAAUACAAGGUGGGAUUUAAUGAUGAUGGUACACUAAACGGUGUUAUCAUUACUUACUACUGUGAUAAUGGAAGCAGCCCGAACGAUGAUGAAGUUUCAACGUACUUUGGAUUUUCUGAUAAUGCUUACAAGUGUAAGAACUGGCACCUGAUCCCUAUUGCACUUAAGACAAACCGUGCAGCUCACACAUGGUGCAGAUCUCCAGGUUCAAAACCCAACAUAUUUGUCAUCGAGACAAUACUUGAACAUGUGGCCAAAUUUCUGUCAUUGGAUCCAAUCAAUGUAAAGCAGAAGAACUUGUAUGCUCAAGGAGACAUCACACCACUGGGCUUUGACCUGCCCUACUGCAGUAUCCGGGAUCUCUACUCAACUCAGUUAAAAAAAGUGGAUGUGACUGGCCGACUUCAAGCAAUUAAGAAAUUCAAUGCAGACAACAGGUGGAAGAAGAAAGGACUGGCAGUGGUUCCCCUCAAAUACUGCUUGGACUGGACUGAAGGCUUUUACCUGUGCACUGUUUCAAUAUUUGCCAGUGAUGGUUCGGUCAUAGUAACUCAUGGUGGAGUUGAAAUUGGUCAAGGCAUUAAUACUAAGGUUGCUCAAGUGUGUGCCUAUGUGCUAGGAAUUCCAGUAGAUUUGAUCUCUAUAAAACCAACCACAGCAAUUAGCAGUCCGAACGCUGGUACGACUGGACGCAGCAUCACCUGUGAACUGAACUGCCUGGGUGUAAAAAAUUGUUGCGAGAUAUUGAAGGAGAGACUGAGUCCUGUGAAGGCCACUCUCCCACCAGGUACCCCUUGGAAGGAUCUGGUGGCAGCCUGUUUUAAAGCCAAAAUGAAUUUGACCGCACAAUAUUGGGUGUCUCCUGACCCAAACUCCAAAGGUGUCCCUCAAUAUUAUUCGUACGGAGUGACCGUGGCAGAGGCUGAACUCGAUGUCCUGACCGGCGAGAACCAGAUUAAUCUAGUGGACAUGCUCUUUGACUGCGGUGAAAGCAUAAACCCUGCCAUUGAUAUUGGACAAAUUGAAGGUGCCUUCGUCAUGGGCAUGGGGUAUUGGCUGAUGGAGAAGGUGAUCUAUGAUCCUGACACUGGGGAGGUACUGAAUGCAGGGACAUGGGAUUACAAACCACCAUUCAGCAAGAGCAUACCCAUUAAUUUCAACAUCGAGCUAUUAAAGAAUGCACCCAACCCAAUGGGUGUUCUUCGUUCCAAAGCCUCUGGUGAACCUCCCCAGUGUAUGUCCUGUGUCACUUUAUUUGCCGUGAAGCGUGCUAUUGAGGCAGCACGUCAAGAUAUUGGGAAGGAUUUCUACUUUCCAUUAAGUGGACCAGCUACAGUCAAUGAAAUCCAAGCUAAUUGCCUCGUGGACUACAAAGACUUUUCAAUCUGAAAACCCAUCACCGAUUUAUGCAACCAUAAAUCCAACAAAACUAAUCAUCUUGAAUAUUAUUUUUUGUUUUGAUGGGUAUUGCAUAAUACUAUACAAUAUCAACUAUAUAUCCAUCCAGCCUAAUGCUUUACAAGUUAUCCUAUGCUGAUUACUUGCCUCAAAUGUGUGAUGAAUAUAAUAAGGAUUAGUUGGCUAUUGCUUCGAGUUUCUAUAGAUCUGCUUAAGUAAAAGCUGAUGGUAAGGAGAGUUUGGAAAUAUUUUAAGAAUUAUGUUCUUUCUUUGUGCAUUAACAUAGUCUACAGCUAGAAACUAUAGAAAUGUUAAAAAAAAACACAGCUUAUAUUAGGUUAGAAUUAAAUCCAUGAAAAAUAGGAACAGGAGUAUGCCAUUCUGCCCCUCAAACCUGCUCCACCAUUCAGUAGGAUCAUGGCUGAUCUGACAUUCCUCAUAUCCACUUUCCUGGAUUUUCCUGGUAACCCUUGAUUCAUUGUCUGAUUAAGAGUCUAGCUAUCUCAGCCUUAAAUAUACACAAGGAUUCUGGCGCCACAGCUGUCUGUGGCAGGGAGUUCCAAAGACUACAACCCUCUGAAAGAAAAGAUUCCUUCUCAUCUUCGUCUCAGAUCGAUGCUCCUUUGUUCUCAGACAAUGCCUUCUGAGAUUAUAUGAGAUAAAAAAAGAUAGCCUUGCACACAAACAUUUUUUUUCACAGAUAUGUAUCAAUAAUCUUUCGUCUCAAGACGAUGUUGCAGACUGACUAAGGAAAUAGUCAUAAUCCCAUCAUUUGAACUCUUCAAGACUCAUCUUCAGGUUACGUAAGUUUUUUAAAGUUAAAAUGUGUUAAGAUGACCAUUUCAGCUGGUCAUGCCUGAUUUAGCUUGUGCCAAACAUAUAAGUUUUGACAGAAAAUGGACUAUGCUUUGUGAUGUCAACACAACUGGAGCAGCUCCAGCAUUAUCUGUGGAGAGAAAAAACAGAUUAUUUUGAGUCAAGUGACUCACCUUCGGACCACAGAAGAGUUAUUGGACUCAAAAUAUUAACUCUGUUUCUCUCUCCACAGAUAUAUCUGGACCUGGUGUGAGUCUCCAGCAGGUUCCGUUUUAUUUCAUGUUUCCAGCAUCGACAGUAAUUUGCUUUUAGAAUUGUAAGAUGUAUUUAGUGUUAACAUCAACACACUUACGAUUGGAUACGAGCAACAUGAUUGUUGAGUGAAUUGUAUGUGCUCUAGGUGGUAACCUCAUGGAGCCAGUUGGGCUGGUCAUAAGAAAGGAGCAAUCUCAAGAGUUUGUUCUGGCUGGAGAAAAGAACAGGCAGAGGAACAGGGAACAGAUCAAAGAAAAACUGAAAUCCUUGAGAAGAGAGGUGCACUCUGUUGUCUAUGUUCAAUAUGAAAGCAUGUAGUUCAUAUUCUUCUGUAAGUUGAUGCCUGAAUUUUAUAAUUGAUGUGUAAGUUUGUCCUGCUUUUCUAUUAAUAAAGCUAAUUCAUAACUGAA